AUUCCCUUCCACAGAUCCCAAGCAGUAGGAUAAUCGAUAUAUUGAUUGACAAUAUCCGAUUCUAUGUUUUCUAGAAUCCAUGUUAUAACCGUUGAGUCUGCUUGUCUCCAUUUGAUAAAUUUGGGGUCAUCAGAUUUGAGAGGUGUGGCAGUGAUGUGCUUGAGCCGCCCUCUCCCAUCCAACGCCAGACUCAUUUUGCGUGCCCAAAUGGCGUAGUUCCUAUCGUUGAGCUUUUCCGCCAUAUUUAAUGGCUGAUUGGAAGAGCUCUCGAUAGGUUCGGCCUUGGGUGUCAAAUUCUGAAAAUUUUGAAAAAUUUCCAGAAUUUGUGCAAGAUUGAUCGGCUGAUUUUUCGGAAGAAAACUUCAAUCGUGGGAGUGAGAGAAUGCCUCCUGGACUUGGACUUGGACCUAUUGCCGAAAUGUUUGGAAAUUUAUGCCGCACGUAUAAAGAAAAAAUGGAGGAGGAGAACUCCUUGUUCAAAAUGAAGCUACACAUAGAUCCCUCAGAUGGUGUGGAACUAUACAGUUAUGAAGAAUUGAAUGCCAUGACCAAUAAUUUUAAUAAAGGAAAUGAGAUUCAGGAGACUCUAUUUGGGAAACUGUAUCGAGGUUUAGUUAAUGGGAAGACAGAAGUGUUGAUCAAGACGUGGGAGUUUAUUCUACCGCCCCAUAGGGUCUUCAAUGACCAUCCGACUAGAUUCAUUAAUGAGAUUGAGAUGUUGAUGGGUGGAGAUCGGCAUUCAACAUUGAUGAAACUAAAGGGGUUCUGUUUUCAGACAGUGCUUGCAGUGGUCUAUGAUGAGAAACCAACUAAGUUUUUGUCAGGGGAUGAUUUGUCUGUUGAAAACUUUGGAUUGGAUAAGAGACUAUAUGUCGCAACUCAAUUUGCGAAAUUAGUUGUUUGGAUGCACGAAAGACAUAUUUCAUGUGGCUUUAUACGUCUUGAUAAGGUGAUGUUUGAUGAGGACUUCAACAUCAAGGUGUUCGAUUUUGGUUUCAUCGCUCAUUUUAGCGAGGCAGACAACAAAUAUGCGAUAGUUGAUGUAGCUCUCUCUAUAGAUGCUUAUGAAGUUUAUGACGGUAUACGCACAAAAAAGUCUGACGUGUAUGUAUUUGGCGUGUUGCUUGCUGACGUGUUCACAAUUAAUGCGCAAGGUAACAUUGGUUCUCGAUUCGUAUGGUUGGUUGGUACAGUUCAAGGUGGUGAUAAGAAGGUUGUGGAUAAAGCACUGGUGCAAGUUGGUCAUGAGGAUCUUGCCAAUAGCCUGAACAGUUUAAUUGUGGCAUGCAUGAAAGUGAAGCCAGACGAACGCCCAAAUAUGAGGGGUGUUUUAGCUUGCUUGUUGAGUUUGCCCAAGCAGAGAAAGAGAGGCCUCAAUACAAUGGGCGCACAGGGACUUCAAAUUCUUCUUAGAGAUGAGUAAUGUUCUACGACGAUUAUUCAUCCACAUUGUGCAUGGAAUAGUUUGUGAUGGAGUACCAUCUUCAAGACCCCAUUUGCUUUGAAUUUAUCGGGUAAGUUGCACUGUUAUAUCGAUUUUAUAUUAUGUGUUUUUAUUGGGUAGCUAGAUGUUGUAUACUAUGGAAUACUCUUUGUGUCCUUUCGUUGCCCGUUGAGGAACUAGUUGGUUAAUGUCUAAGCCAGUGUGGCGUAGCAUUUGUGAAGCUUGCAAUAAUUUUAAAUGUUGGGU